UCUAGCCACCACCACUGCCUCUGCUUCUCAGGCCAACUGGGCCCAUCGCAUGCGCUUCAUCCGCGUUGCGUUCACAUCGAGUACGCAGAGCGAACGGAUCUCGUCUCGACCGCUACCGCUCCAUAAGAAUUUAUCAUCGGUUCCUUGUUUUUUGUAUCCUCAUUAUAGAUCCUCGCCGCGAAUCGUUCUACCAUUUUUAUUUUUUGGUUUUCGUUUUUACUUUCGUUUAUCUGAAUAUUUUAACGUUCCUCUUCGAAGACGUAUGGAGGAUCUAAUUAGUAGCCGUGGUUUGGAUUUUGUUUAAUACCAGUUGUUGAUUGAUCGAUGGAUCGUUUGAUUUCAUUUUGAUUUUGAUUUUGAUUUUCCCUCCUCUCUUAUCGUACCGAGUGUAUCGUGACGGGUUGGCUGUAUUUACGCCCAUGUGAAAUAAAAGGUUUAUUAUUAGUGCGGAGUAAGUUAAUACCGUGAUGAAUCGCAGUUAUAAUCGUGCUGACAUGCAAUAACCGGUAUAUAUGCGGAGAAGUCAUGUUCCGUUAUUGUACAAAGCUGAUCUAAUUUUUUAAUACCAACGAUCGUCGUGCUUAGAAUAUCUGUACGUACAUGUUUGUGUUGUGAAGAUUGUGAGUGGUGUGAAAUUCUUCUACACACACGGUGCCUUCUUCGUUCCUACAUUUUUUAUAAAUUAUUUUUUCACCCUCCUCCGCUUUUUUGAAUAUCAAAGUGUGGUGUUUCUUCAACGUGAGAAAAAUAAAAUCGAUGGUAAAAAAAAAUAAUGUGAUCCACCAGAGUGUUCGAACGAAAAUUGAAGAGGAAAUUGGGAUUUAUCAAACAUCAUCGGUCGGAUUUUUUUCUCCUCCAAGGUGUUCCGAUUGUCCUGCUUUUUUUGGAACUCAGGAUCGCGAACGGGUAUCAGGAUUCCCGGGAGCAAUCGGGGAUUCAUAAAUUCAUGGAAUUCGAGUUCUUGCCACUCGCGCGGAGAUACUGUGAGAAAAUUUUCUGGCCUCUGUGGAAGUGGUGACGUCGGCGUACGGUGACCGGUUGCAUAAAACCGUUCGAAGAGUCGGUUGGGAAUAUCACAACCGGAGUGAUUAAUAGAGUCAUACCGCGGGAUAAUCAAUUAUACGGUGAGAAAAAACUUCGGAAGUAACUCGUCGAGCUGAACGGAAAACAAACAACAACAACAACGAGACUACAACAGCAACGAAAAUGUGAUGCAAAUAUGAUGAGCAGUUUCGAAGAAAUAGCAUUCAGAGCGCUUUCGGGGGGCGGAAAUAUCCCAUUCGCUGACGAGGAUGCCUCGACGAACACGGGGACCCCGAGUAAUUCUAGCUCGGCGGUAUUUUCGAGAGAGGAUUUGUCCUAUCCGGAGGAGAAAAAAUUGACGAGCUUUCGUGGUCCGCUGUUGAAGAGCUGUACCGAAAGCAGUGUUCCGUCAACGCGAUACUUAGGAGUUUACGAGGCACGAUCGACGUUGAAAAAAAGUCAGACCGACGUUUGCGUUCCUUCGGGGAACAGUACGAGUCCCGUUCAGAGAUACGAGGAAUUGAUAGGUAGAUACCGGAAGCCCGACAAAGUGGAGAAAGAGAACGGUCAAGGGUACUCGAGCGGCGAAGAGAAAUCGAAAAGUACCAAUUCGAUCGACGCGCAAUCGGUUAACAAUAUUUUGGACCAGUACGAAGAACUCGAUUACAAGAGAUCUUCGGAUUUGAGCGACGUCGAGAGCAUCGACGUGACGAAUUUCGAGGCGACGAUGAACCUGCAGAGACAAAGGGACGCCGCAGCCAGAACGAGGAAAUCAGUUUUCACAGCCGAAAAUUCGAACAAUCCGGAAAGUACGAACGCCAAAUCGAAUCAGAACAGAUCGCACUCGAACCCCGUGACCAAAAUCAGUCAGCACACUCAGUUUCGAUUUCAGGAUACUUUGAAGAAAUUCCCGGAGGAAUCUCCGAAGGUCAGAAAUCAGGUGGAUCAACAGCACCGUGUGAAUACCGAGGUGGAUCUUCUCCUGCGCAAAGGAGAGGUUCAGAAGAGGGUGGACGAGUGGUCGAGCCAGACGCAGAACCAGAAUUUCAAGGUAUCGAAAGAACGCGGUUUGGUCAGAUCGAACAGCAGCAACUGCGGUUACAGGUACAACCGAAACGCGGUAGACGCGAGUGACAGAUCGAAUAAAUUUGGAACGAGGAUCGGUAACGGGGCCAAGGAAACGACGUUGAACGUGGCAUUGAGUUGCGACGAAUUGAAUGUCGAAAAAUCAUGCCUCGGCGGCGAAGAUCCGUUGCAGGAAAGAAUCGGGACGACCGAACGAAAGCAGCUGCUGGUCCUGGACAAAGUCAGCGUCGGGGUGAACACGAGUCGGGGUCCUUACAAGGAGUACCUAGCGAUGAGAAAUAAGGCGAAACAGCAACUGGAACAAGGACAAGGAUGUGCGCCCUCGGUUUCGUCGUCCCAGAAGACGAUCGGCUCCAGAAUUCCCCAACGAGGCUCGUCGACCGUCCUGGGCAGGAGACAGGAGGGAAAAAAUAUCCUCGCAGAAUCGUCCAAGCCUUCGGAAACCAAAGGCUUCGUUUCAGGGAGGAGUGCCCCGUUGGAUGUUGAAAAGGAAAAAUCGCGAAACGGACCCCUCGCGAUUCCUACUCGUCGUUCUUCUCUGAAGCGAGCGACUCCCGCGUCCGUCGUAACGAAUGGAUCGGGUACAUCUACUACGCAGUGCGUCCCUAAGGUAUGGAUAAAUCCGAAGGGCCAGCAGCAGCAGCAGCAGCAGCAGCAGCAGCAGCUCGUCGGGACUGCAGGUGAGGUUGUCACGAGGACGGGAGUUGAGUUGCACCAGCAAUCGUUACCAAAUAAGGACAGAGAAAGUCGGCGCCCACUUAUCGCCCGUUCGGAGGAUAGAGGUGACGGGGGGUCAUCGGCGAUCGGAAACGACGUCGAUCGUUCUUCAGGUUCUUCGACGGGGCCGAUCGCGACCUUGAACACCGAAUCGCCGAAGGAUGAGUCAGUCGGAUCGAACGGCGAAAAGAUCGCGGUGGUCCCGGACAAAACGGGGGAUCGAGUUCCGAAGGUGCAGAGGAACGAUUUCCUCGCGAAUCACGGGAGAGGACCACCGGUGCCCAGAAAGGUUGAUCCCGACGCUGGUAGUUGUUCGGGCUCGAGGGGAUCGAACUACGUGAAAUGCAGCCGACCGGCUAAUAAUCCCGUAUCGAGUUUCAAGCCGAACAAUGCGAUGUACGCCACUCUUCAGGGCGAAGAAUACGGAGGAGAUAAUCUUCUUCAGGGUUUUGCAACGAGUAUGGGUAACGAGUCCGUAACAAGGUCGCACUACGCCACGCCGAAACAGAUCGAAAAGAUUUACGAGCGUCCGCGUAUGGUCCGUGGGGAUCGCAGUUCGCCGGUAAAUUUGAUACACGCCGACGAUCUGGAGGCAAUAUUGAAACCCGCCGCGACAUCCGCCGUCUCCGCGUACGGUGAUAAAAUUUUAAAUAGCAGCUCGCUACGAGGAUCGCAAUGUCCGAACAACAAGGAUACGGGUAUAUUCAGGGUGUCCAAAGACGACGAGGAUAUCUACGCCCAAGUCGGUAGCGACGGAAAGACCAGGCAAUGUAGCGGUGAAUUGUUGGAAACGAUUAUCGAGGACCAGAGAAAGGAGAGCUGCACCAUUACUCCGCUGCAGCUGCAGGAAUGCCGUUUCCCCGAUCUCUCUUCUUCGGGUCUCGAUGCUCGCCUCGGUGUAAACGCCGCCAAAAAACAUACCGGCAACGAGAACGCGAACAAGUCGUCCGCUUCGGAGACGAUAUACGCAUCGCCGCGACACUCGGGUACCGGACACUUCAAUGAACAGUCGAAAAACACAUUCACCACAUUUCGUUCGCCCGGCCACAGUUCGACAUCUCCGAAGGGUCUUCGCGGCAACGUGGCAAAAUCAGCGACCGAAAAAGAACCCGGCCGGAAGCUACCUGAUAACAUGGACGCCAAUUCGCUGUACGAGUCGCGGGUCCAGCCCCAGUCGUCGAAGAUCUUUGAAACCACCGAACCCGAAGAGCCGACUCCUCGUACGAACGGCGAUUGCAAAAUCGGGUCUGAAUUCGUGCGAACCAUCGAAGAAGCCAAAAACUGUUCGGUCGAGAGAAGUGAAAAAUCGCAGCAACCCGUCGCACCGGUAAUGAACGCGAUCUUGAUGAAAACCCUACGAUUCGAACAAGAUCUUCCCGCCCCCGUAACAACGUCGAUCGAGGUCGAAACCGUUAAAAAGAAUUCGUUCAACUCUCGCGACAUCCUCAGCAACGAUUACGGCAAAAACUUGCUCCAAAAUACACCGAGGAUUGACAAAGAUGAAAAGUUAUACGUAACCAAAGAAGAGAUGGAGCACGAGAGGCUGAUGGAUCUUCUUCGCAAAGGGGAUUUCGAGGGUGCGAGAUCGGAACUGGAGCGAAGUUACACGCUUUCAACCCCUGGCGGUGGUAGUCCUAUAUGUUGUCCACCCUGCAGUCCACCUCCGGCACCGACGGCGUAUAUUUCCAGUGCCAGGGCCUCAUCUCGUCGAUUGGGAGUCGGGGGAACCUCAUCCCCGGAAAGAGAUCCUCUAGGACGGUUGCUAAGAUUUUUGAAAACCUUCUACAGAGAAUUGGGUACCAGAGAUCCUCCGCAUUUACCUGCGUGGGCGUCACCUCUGCCGUUGGGAACUUUGUGCCCGGCACAUUUUCAACCACAUCUUCAACUGAUUCACAAAAGCGAGCAGGAGCAUCGCUUGGAGAACAUUAAACUGGACCAAAUUUUCGCCCCUGUCAGGCUCAGCGACGGUUCGGUUUCCGAAGCUCCUCGUCGCGUGGCUGUGGAAGGGGGUCCGGGAAGCGGUCGAACGACGCUUUGUCUGCGUAUUUUGCAUCAAUGGGCGACGCAGGGAGACGGUGCUUCCCCGGCUUUGGCAUUCAUCGUUCCAUUAAGGGAGCUAAGAGGAAGUCAAUUGCUGAGUUAUUUAUCGCGUGAACUUUUUCCCCGUACGGCGUCUCUCGGCGACGCCGUGGCCCAAGUUUGGCGAACGUUACACCUCAUGGAAGACAGGGUCCUCUUCGUCCUCGACGGCUACGACGAAUGCGUCGGCGGUAGGGCGUCCCUGGGCGACGCGGUCGACCUUCUCGAGGGUCGUCUUUUCCCCGAUGCUCGUAUACUGGUAACGUGUUCGCCGAAGAAUUCGCCGGCUCUUUCGCCGCUCGUUCAAAGACGGAUAAAUCUCGCGGGACUGGAAUGGCAACACGUGGAGAGACUUUGCGCGGCUUAUUUUAUUCACAAUGACAUCGCCGAAAGAGUCAGAGAUUUCCUCGAGGUCCUCAACGCCCAACCGCACCCCGUGCGACAACUGGGGCAACAUCCUUUGGGAUGGAUCAUGUUGUGCUCCCUUUAUCAGGACUCGGGAACAUUGCCCGAGGAAACAAGCGCGCUAGUACAAGCGGCGGUGAAAUGUAUCGUCAAAAGAAGUCUUGACCCGCCGGUUCCGCACAACGAAGAAAUCCCGGGACAUUGCAGAAAACGGCUGGAGGAUUUCGGGAAGCUUUCAUUGGCGGCGCUCAGAGAGGGUCGCUGCUGUUACACCGAAGCCGAACUCCGUGCCAGAGGUGGAGGCUUGGAGGUCACGAGACUCGGUUUCUUGACGCGUGGACUUACGUUCGGUCAGCGUCGUAAACCUGAUUUAUUCACACCGAUUCAUUCGGCGGUCGCCGAGUUCCUGGCCGCCUAUUACCUGACUUCCGUCGCGCAGUACACGAAUAUAUUACGAAGGGAAUUGGAAGGACUCCCUUCAGGGAUAAUCGGUCACCUAGCCGGACUUUUAGGACCAAAAACACACUUGAUUUUGAACCAACUUUGCCCUCUCGAGGUACCGCCCAGAGCCGUCUUCUCGCUUUUAAAAGCUGCGGGUAACAGCGACGGAAAUAUAGCGGCCGUUUGCAGAUUAGUCGGGGCGGGUCCGGCCUUUGGACCAGCUCCCAACGAGCCGAGAUCGGCACCUCUGGUUCACACCGUUCCAUUAGAACUCGAAGGAUGGGCGAGAAUCCUGGAAUCUUCGGCGUGCACUUUGGAAGCUCUGGAAGUUGUUUUCCAGGUUGAGAGAGGGGCCGAUCCCAGAUACUUGGAUGACUUUUUCGAGGCUCUGGGCAGCAACGAGAGCGUGAGACUCGUUCGAAUCACCUCACUUCUCGGACACGAAUUUCCCGCCGACGAAGCCCAGAGGCUAGCCAGACACUUGAAAAGCGUAUUGAGAAAAAAAAGGCUCAACGACUUCGAACUGGUGAUCACGUGCCUCGAAGAGUCGGCGCAUGAUAGGCUCGAGUGCGUGGUGAGCGCGCUGUGUCGCGGUCUGACCCAAGCCUCUCCUCAACUCGCCCGUUUGGUACUGGACAUGAAUCUAUCCGGCGAACAAGUCUCGAGGGUAUGCGAUGCCCUUAGAAAUUGCGUUCAGGUUCAGGCCCUCCAUUUGCCCCACUUGGGAUGCGGUCGUGAGGGACUCGCCUCCGUAGCAGAACUCCUGAAGGAGAGACCUCUGCUUGCGUUAAAUCUGGCGGGAAGUUGGGGCGCUAAAAAUGAGGAUCCAUCCAGUUCGGGCAUCAGCAUGGGUUCCGGUUCCGGUUCGGGAAGCAGCGGGUGCGCGUCCAGCACCCUCGGAACCUUGCCCUUGAAUCGUUGUUACUCCUCGCUUCCAAGAGGCGCCCCAACGGUUUAUGGAAGUUUGACGCGACCCGCGACGCUUCCUCGCCUUCCCCUAGGUCUAGGUCCCGUCCCUAUGCCAAACGAAAGGGAUAACGGCAGCAAACGGAACAGCGACAGCGUCCUCUGUCACCGUUUGCCACUUUUACACCCUCUGCCGACCUGCGAUUUAUCUAGUCACCAGGGGACCGGUUUUCACGAAAUUUUCAGCGCUAUAAGGGAGCCAACUUGCAAGCUGCGAUCAUUGAACGUGUCAAAGUGUCUUCUCGGAAGUUUAGACGCCGGAUGUCUGGCCGAAACUAUAAGAAGCGCGAGACACUUGGACGCUUUAAGAGCUGCGGGUGCCUCCAGACCAGCUGAUAUGAUGCCUCUAGUUUUAGCCGUUACCGAAGCACCGUGUCUUCAACUUUUAGAUCUCGCCAGUCCAAGACUCGCUCUCGACGAUCAUCCUUCGAGACUUCUUUGCCACGCGUUAGCCAGGAAUUCAACACUCAAAUUGCUCAGCCUCGAGGGAUGGACCUUCAGGAUAGAGGAAUCCGAUAGUCUGUCGGUAUUUUCGGAACUUCUGAGAUGUACUAGUGUAAGAGAACUAAGUUUAUGCAACGCCCGUCUUCAUCUUGCGGUCCACGAAGGUCCUUUGUCAAGAUUGGGACGGCGCGAUGACGCUGGUGCAGAACUUUUACGAGCCGCCGCACCCCCUGCUUGUCCUGCGAUAGUUUUUCUCCGACUAGCUGGUUUUCAAGUGACUGUGAACGACAGAUUGGCGCUUCGGGGUCCGCUUUUGCUUCCUUUUUUGGCCGGUUUCACCGCAUUAAGUGAGUUGGAUUUGUCGUUAGAUAAAUCAACAAUCGGCGGCAGCAGUGGUUCGCUAUUAUUCAUCGACGAUAAAACUUUGACAAGUUUUUUCAACUGCUUGUCAACGAAUUUCCGAAACUUGCAAUCACUGAGGAUAAAUUUCUGGCGGGUAACGCUCGAAGAUUGCGAUCGAACGAUGCGUCACAUAUCGAAGUACCUUAGACUAUGUAACUUGAGUUUUCUAAAAAUGAAUGGACUCAUUGUAACGGAUAGUGUUAAAAAAGUUCAAAUAGAACACAGCUUCUUACACACAAUACUCAGCAAUCUUCAAUGCCUCGCAUGGUUGUGUCUGGACGGUAUUGAAUUAACUGAAACUCAAGCUACUCUAGUUGGAAAAUGUAUAAGAGAUCGUUUUUCCGGAAGUUCGUUAGAAAUCAGCGCAAAGGAUAUUAAUGUUAAGUCCGUUAAAGCUCUCGUAGCUGCCGUCGAAGACGGCGGAAGGGCUGAUGUAAUUUAUACAGGAGGUGCACAUUGCAGAUUGCGAAUAUCAAAGGUACAAAAAAACGGUAAACAUAAGAAAAAGUGAGCACAUCUAUCCAGAAAUGUCUUGGAAUAAUUAAUCUUCUAUAUGAAAACAAGAACACACAAAAAUGAAACAAGACGAAUGCGAUAAUAGGCUACGCCGAAAGCGAAAGCACUAUGAUUUCUCGCUGCAAGUCGUGACGCGUGCAGAUUUUCAGGAAUCUGAAAUCGGGAGCAAAAAUGUAUAUUGAAAAGUGAUACACGUCGAAAGGUAAGGUCAAUGCCCGAUGCUAAAUACAUAAGUAUAUACACAUAUAAAUCUUUAAUACGUCAGAAAAGUUGCGCAGCAUGAGAGGUGAUCGCGUAAAGUAUGCAUAUAUAAAUAUAUCGAUGUAGCUUUUUUGACCCCGUUGUCGUUGGCUCGCUUAACGCCAAAAAAAGAAAGAAGAAAAAAAGAACUUUCAGAAUAAGUACA